UCGUAAUUCAGUUGUGUUUUAGCCAUUAACUUAGUAACUUACGCUAUAUCGAAUUUAAUAAUGGUCAAAAAAGCAUCUUUACAGUAUUUUAAACAUGUUGGUCGGCGUCUCAGCACAGCUUCUGCACCUCUACCAAAAUGCAGUUUUAUACCCAAAGAGUACACUGGUCCCGUUGUUCAAAAGCUGGACAAAUUGAAGAUGGAUAAUAUACCCUCCGUGCAAGGCAAUAUGUUUAAGAAACCGGUGGUCAUUCACCAAGGUCACAUGCAGUGGCUUUUCGACCAUGAGGGCACGAGAUAUUUGGAUCUCUUUGCAGGCAUCGUCACUGUAUCCGUGGGACAUUGCCACCCUAAGGUAUCAGCGGCUCUUCACGAUCAAAUCGAUACUCUGUGGCAUACAACUAGUAUUUAUAAGCAUCCAAAAGUAUACGAAUACGUUGAACAAUUAACAGCUAAGUUUCCUGGCGAUUUGAAGGUAGUUUAUCUAGUAAACAGUGGUAGCGAAGCCAACGACCUGGCAACACUGCUAGCAAGAGCGUACACUGGUAACCACGAUAUCAUUUCUCUUCAAGGCUCCUACCACGGCUACUCUAGUAGUCUUAUAGGUCUCACUGCGACACAGUCUUAUAGAUAUCCUGUUCCUGUACCCACUGGAUUUCAUCAUGCAAUGUUACCCGAUCCAUUACGCGGUCUGUGGGGAGGAUGUCGCGACUCGUACUCCCAGGUACCAGGAGCCUGCUCAUGUCCAGAAGAUUGUGUCACUUCUGAUAAAUACAUACACCAACUUAAAGAGCUAUUAGAACAUUCAGUUCCAAAGGGUCGUUUGGCAGCUUUCUUUGCGGAGUCAAUUCAAGGUGUGAAUGGAGCGGUACAAUUUCCAAAAGGAUAUUUGAAGAAGGCGAAGGAAUUGGUGAAAAGUUAUGGUGGAUUGUAUGUAGCUGACGAAGUACAAACUGGUUUCGGUCGUACCGGCGACGCGUUCUGGGGCUUCCAGAAUCAUGAAGUUAUGCCAGACAUUGUGACAAUGGCUAAGGGAAUCGGUAAUGGCUUCCCACUCGCUGCUGUUGUUACUACCAAGGAAAUAGCUGAUGCGCAUAAAAAAGCGUCCUAUUUCAAUACUUUUGGAGGGAACGCUCUGGCUGCUACUGUGGGAAAAGCUGUGCUCGAUGUAAUAGAAGAAGAAAACAUUCAAGAGAACAGCAAAAUCGUCGGAAAGUAUUUCAUUGAACAACUAAUGGAAUUACAGAAGAUUCAUCCCACUAUUGGAGACGUUAGGGGCAAAGGUCUCAUGCUAGGCGUGGAGUUAGUGAACCCUGGAACGAAGGAUCCUUUGAGUCCAGAAGCAUUCUCGAAUGUCAUGGAAGAUGCUAAGAAUAUGGGUGUUUUAUUUGGAUGUGGGGGAAGAUAUGUUAAUGUAUUACGAAUUAAGCCUCCAAUGUGUAUAAACAAAAAAGACUUUAGCUCUAAAGUUGUUAAAUGUGAGCCUACGAAAGAACCAAUAGUUGAAUAUGGGAAAACUUCAAAGUUCGAGGGCUAUCAAAUAACACUUGAUAAUACCAUUCUUUUUGCUGCUGGUGGAGGACAGCCUCACGAUAAAGGAUGGUUAAACGACCUUGAGGUGUUACAAGUCCUCCGAAAAGGUGAAGAGGCACUCCAUUUUACUACUAAACCACUUGAAGUUGGUGCGGUUGUGUCCCUGAAGAUAAAUUGGCAGAGGCGGUUUGACCACAUGCAGCAACAUUCAGGUCAGCAUCUUCUCUCAGCAAUCCUAGAAAAUGAGCACAAUCUCCCAACAACAAGUUGGUGGCUUGGAGCCGACGAGAGCUAUGUUGAGUUAGACCAACCUAGUGUAAAUGCCGAUAUUUUAAAAGCUGCGGAGGAUAGGUGCAAUGAGUUGAUUAGAGCAGCCAUUCCUGUUACUGUUAAGUUUGUGAAGGCCAAUGAUCCUAAUUUGGAUAAAGCACAUACUCGAGGAUUGCCAGAAGAUUGCAUGGAAACCAUCAGAAUUAUAUGUAUUAAGGACGUAGAUGAGAACAUGUGUUGUGGCACUCAUGUGUCUAAUUUAAGCCAGUUGCAAAUGAUUAAGUUUCUUGGUGCUGAGCCUGGUAAGAAAGGCAAAACAAACCUAAGGUUCCUUGUUGGGGACCGCAUUAUGAAAACUUUCCAAAUUAUGCUGGACAGAGAGAAUGCACUUACUGGUCUCUUGAAAAAUGAAGCAUCAAAACACGAAGAACUUGUGCAAAAAUUACAAAAGAACCUCAAAGUGACGAACAAGAAUCUACAAAACGUUCUCUCUGACUUGGCACAGUAUGAAGUGGACAAAAUAAAGAGUACACAGCCGAAGCCAAAAUUCGUAUUUAUGUUUAAAAAGGAAGCGACACCUGAUUUUAACAGGAUUAUAUGCAAGGCUUUGGAAAAUGAAGGGAUGUUUAUAUUCUGUGCUUCAGAGGAACCUGAUAAGCCGAAAGAGGGACAAAUAAUGAUGCAAGGGCCGGAAGAACACUGUAAUUUUUUGGGACCUCAGAUCACACAAAUGUUAAACGGAAAAGGUGCAUUUAAAAAUGGCAAGUUUCAAGGAAAAGCUGGUGACUUGACCAAUAUCAACAAAUGCAAGAAAAUCAUAGAGGAUUACUUCAACAGUCUUUAGAUAAAUAAAAUGUUAUUUGUGUGGU